AUGAUACAUUUUGUGCUUCUAGUCAGUCGGCAAGGAAAGGUAAGGCUCACCAAAUGGUAUUCUCCUUACACGCAGAAGGAAAGAUCCAAGGUUAUACGUGAACUCAGUGGAGUGAUUCUGAAUCGAGGUCCAAAACUUUGCAAUUUUGUUGAAUGGAGAGGAUACAAAGUUGUUUACAAAAGAUAUGCAAGCCUCUACUUCUGCAUGUGCAUUGAUCAGGAAGAUAACGAGUUAGAGGUCCUUGAGAUAAUUCAUCACUACGUAGAGAUCCUCGAUCGCUAUUUCGGAAGUGUGUGUGAACUCGAUUUGAUUUUUAACUUCCACAAGGCGUAUUACAUUUUGGAUGAGCUCUUGAUUGCUGGAGAGCUUCAAGAGUCAAGCAAGAAAACAGUAGCCAGGAUUAUAUCAGCCCAGGAUCAACUGGUGGAGGCUGCAAAAGAGGAAGCUGGUUCGAUAAGUAAUAUAAUCGCUCAGGCUACUAAAUAG